AUGACGAGUCUCUGGAUUGUCUUGUUUCUCCUCACUGCGCCACCAUGCUGUGUCCGCGCGUCGAAGGAUCAUCUCCCAUUCUCCUACCUGAUGGUUGACGACUGCCCCACGCAGCUGUUGCGCUUCACGACGUCCGAAACCAACGUUUCUGACACUUUAGAUGAUUCCUCCAAUGGCAUAAUCGCCGAAGGAAAACAGAAGAUGAUCGUUUUCGUGGUUCCCGGAAACCCGGGACCGAUCGGAUUCUACGCCGACUUCAUGAAGGAAAUUUUCGCCGGGAACGAGGAUGGUAUCGAGGUCUGGGGAGUUUCUCACGCAGGGCAUGUGGUUCUACCGAAAAACAUGCAGAAACCCUACUCGGACAUGAAAAGAUGGUUCUCUACCGCUGGGGAAGUGGAACACAAAAUGCGUUUCCUUCAAAAAUACGUACCUAAAGAAACACCGCUGGUUCUGAUUGGGCAUUCCAUAGGCAGCUACAUGGCACUUCAGAUAACCGACAAACUCAAGGAUCACAAUAUUGUACACACGUAUCUCUUAUUCCCCGCCAUCGAGCGUUUAGCCCGAGGAAUGAACGCACCUAUGUUGAACGCCCUGUCGACGUAUUUACGGCAGCCGUUCAUGGCUUUAGUGUACUCCAUCCACAUGGUUCCCGCGAUGCUCGUGAAACGCAUGUUCCAGCUCGCUGUUCGAGUGCAUUACGGGGAUGGAAAAGAAUCUUUCGUACAGAACGUCCUGUCGCUCUCGUCGCCGUCUGUGAUGCGAGCCGUAAUCGACACGACUCAAGACAUCCUGAAACAAGUCGGAGAUCGUGACGACGACGCCAUUGCGAGAAACUUGGACAAACUGACGUUCUAUUACGGGCUGAACGAUCAUUGGGCACCGCGGGAGUUCCCCAUGCAGCUACGUAGGAUGUUUCCCAGAUCCGACGUGAGAUUCUGUUUGGAAGGCUUCCGGCACGCUUUCGUCGUGGAUGCAGGACGAGAGAUGGGAGACAUCGUCAAGAACUGGAUGAGGUCUCAGAAUAUCCUGCCCUUCGGUUCCCCUACUGAAAACAAUGCUUCUCUCGCUCCAACGAUACCAUCGACCAUAACCAUGGCAUCAACGGUGCCAAGUGGAAUCAUGACCGUUUCAGUCUAA